AUGGACGACAUCGAGGCUAUGUUUAGUGACCUGCUGGGAGAGAUGGAUCAUCUCUCUCAGAGUCUAGAACAAGCAACAGCUUCGUCAGAAGUGGAUGGGACACAAGAGAGCUCCUUCUCCAUUGGCUUUAACAACCUGAAUGAGUCUCUUAAUGAGCUGGAGGACAAUGAGCUUGAUGCUCUGGUUGCUGAUCUGGAGUCAAAGUCAGUUCAGAUGCAAUCUUCCACUGCUGAAGAUACCUGCAACCCUACAGAAAAUCAAACCUCACCACCUGCCGUGUAUCAGGAGGCGGAGCCUGUAGUGACAUUUCCUGUGGUUACCACACAGUCGUCAAAAGUGAUAAAAAUGAAUGAACCUCAGACAAAGGCGGACAAAAUUAAAGUGGCUUUGGAGAAGCUGAAAGAAGCCAAAGUGAGAAAGUUGAUCAUAAAGGUGCUGAUGGAUGACAACAGCUCUAGGACUCUAAUGGUAGACGAGAGGCAGACCGUCAGAGACGUUUUGGAUAAGCUGUUUGAGAAAACACACUGCGAGAACAGCAUCGACUGGAGCUUGUGUGAGACCAACCCUGAGCUGCAGACUGAAAGAUAUUUUGAGGACCAUGAGUGUCUUGUGGAACCACUGUCUGCUUGGAGUCGGCACAGUGAAAACAAACUCUAUUUCUUAUCAAUCCCUCAGAAGUACAUGAUGUUCACUGAGCCGCAGAUUUUUUACAUGUGGAAGAAAAAGAAAUCGAGUGGCAUGAAUAGCCAAGCCAAAGAGCUUCUUAUCAAGGAGAAUUUUGGAGGUCCUACUGUUAUCGUUCCUACUCUUGAGGGCAUGUUAUACUUAAAAGAAGAUGGGAAGAAGGUUUGGAAACCUCGCUACUUCAUGCUCAGGGCCUCUGGGAUCUAUUAUGUUCCUAAAGGAAAAACAAAGUCUUCCACUGAUCUCGCCUGUUUUGUUCGCUUUGAAAAAGUCAACAUCUACACCACUAACAGCUACAAACAGAAAUACAGAGCUCCCACAGACUACUGUUUCCUGUUAAAGCAUCCCUGCAUCCAGAAAGAGUCUCCUUACAUCAAAUUCCUGUGCUGUGAAGACAAACACACACUCCUGCUUUGGGUCAACUCAAUCAGAAUAGCAAAGUAUGGUGCAGCUCUGUACAACAACUAUAAAGCUGCAGUGAAGAGGACAUCGGUUUUGCAAGUUCCCCAGUAUGCACCAAACAAAGACAAAUCCAACAGUAACACCUCCCUGGAAAGCCCAUAUCCAGGCCAGUUAGCCAUAACCGCUGAAGAAGUUCCCUCUGAAUCACCACCAGACUUCAUUUAACUUCCUCCAUCUGGACAAUAGCAGCAAUAAGAAGAACAAGAACUUCCUUCUCUGAAGGAGUGCUAAUAUUAAAAUUAAUUAAGGCCACAUUUAGCAGCAGCUGUUGAUUGCCAGAAUACAUGUUCUGGUAUUGCACAGAUUUACCUUCGCCACAGAGGUUAUGUUUUCAUCCUCGUUGGUUUGUCUGUUUUCAAAAUUGUUAAAACAGUUAUGGAUGGAUGAGUUUUGCUAAAAUUGUUUGAGAAGCUGGAUAUUGUGACUGGAAACAAAUUAUUUAAUUAUGGUGAUGAUCGGAUCAGCAUCUGGAUCCAGGAAUUAUUUUAAAUAUUCUGUGAAUACAGGUUUUUACUUAAGGUGGAAGUCACAAAUGAGCUGUAAUAGUGUUGCGCCGAUGCCAUUUUCUGGCCCCGAUACAGAUACCUGGCUGUGCAGUAUUGGCCGACAUCGAUACCAUACCGA